UGUCUUGCUUUAGUUUCCGGUGGUGCGUGAAAGAUUUAUAAUCUUACUCGAAAGCACAAAUAAAUUACUUAAUGAUGUCAAGUUAAAGUGUAAAUGAUAAGUGAAGACAAUUUAAGCCGUCUGUAAUUAGAAAAAGUGUGUUGAGUAAUCUUAAAAGUGGUACGAUCCGAUUCACUUUUGGGGGGUCUUUUGAAUCUUCGCCAACAGCUGAGAUUCAGUUCACGAAUCAGACGUGUGUUACUGAAGUCUCCAAUAGUUCAACAUUUAUCAUUUUAAAAAAUAAAUGCAGAGGAGGAGGAAGUUAACUGACUGUUCACCCAUGUAACACUUCAGAGAGAGAAAGAGAGAGAUGUGCCAUGAUAAGUUUGUGUGUCCCGUAUUUGUCGUGUGUGUUGUGUUUGUGUUCUUUUAUUGACAGACAUGAUGGAGGAAAAAGACGGGAUAUCGAACAUGCAGAUGCCUUUAUCAGAUGAGAGCAGCAGAUCGGUUCUGUCCGAUGACUCGUGUGAGAUAGAUGACCACCCAGAGAUAGAUGAAGAGUUACCCGGCUCACAGGCACGUCUAGGACAGCAUCAGAAACCAGACAUACAGAUCACAGAUGUUCAAAAUGAGCGUCUCCUGAUGAACAUCAGCGUACCGCUCAAAGCUCUGCCAGUGUCUAUGCAGGACAAAAAAGACGUCAGGAAAGAACGCCAGGAGAGGCACAAGAUUGGCUCCUGGGAAUCGUGGAGGCGGAGCCGGCUUAUCGCAUGGAGGCGCUUUAAGGAGCACGUCAGCAGCGCUUUGACAAUACUGUUGCCAUGGAGACACACCCUGCACAUAAUUGAAGGUCAGUUUGGUGUCGGGAUUAAAGCCUACUUUGGGUUUCUGCGGUACCUGUUGGGUUUGAAUCUGCUGUAUUGUGCCAUUAUCAGUGGAUCUGUGCUGACCCCAACGCUGAUAUACAGAAAUAAACAUGAGAAUGAAGGCCCAUCAUUUGAUUUAGAAGAAAUUUUCAUCGGAUCAGGUUUUCUGGAAAUGACGCCAGUAUUUCAUAGUUUCUACAUCAGUGGGUCUCUUAAUUUUGAUUGUUUAAAUACUCCGAUUCUUUUUUUACUCGGCAUGGGGUCCAUCUUCUUCCUCAGCAUCGUUGUGAUGGUCCGCAGAACUGUUGUGGGCUACAAACAAUUAUGGCUGACUAGAAAUCGCAUCAGUUCCAAUGCGAGUUUAAAGGUUUUCUCUGGAUGGGAUUUCUGCAUCCAGAAAGAAGACGCAGCCAAACUAAAAUGCACAUUUAUCAAGAACGACCUGAAGUUGGAUCUUACAGAGCAAAAGUCUCGUGAUGAAGUCGAGGGGCGAAGUUUACAAGCUUGGGUUUGGCUUAUUUUCCUGCGGAUCAUUAUCAACAUCCUGGUGCUGGUUCUUCUGGCCAGUUCCUUUAUUCUGAUUUAUUAUUCCAUCCAUUUAUCACAGAAUCAGGAUUCAACCCUGAUUUUGGAGUAUCUUCCUCCCAUCACCAUGAUGAGCAUGAAUUACCUGUUACCCCCCAUCUUUAAAAAGAUCUCAAAGUUUGAGCAUUAUUUGCCCGCCACUCAGCUGAAUAUCACUCUGAUCAGGAGUAUUUUCCUGAAACUGGCAUCUUUGGGCAUCUAUCUGUUCGUCCUCAUAACGGCAACAAAACGUCCAGAAGACCAGUGUAAGGAGAACGCGUUUGGGAAGGAGAUGUACAAACUCAUUCUGUUCAACCUUAUCGAGGGUUUCGUCGGCACGUUUUGCUUGACCUUCCCGAGAACGUUACUGGUGGAACGGUGCUCAUCUUCGAAUCUCCUAAAGAAGUUAAACAAGCCAGAGUUUGAUAUUACCUCAAAUGUUUUAGAUCUGGUGAACAGUCAGACGGUCACGUGGGUCGGUGUGUUUUACUGUCCUCUACUCCCCGCGCUCAGCGCUUUCCGUCUUCUGCUGCUCUUCUAUCUCAAAAAGUUCACAUUAACGCGAUGUUGCCGUCAGGAGGACGAUCAGGACGACCAGAACAAGAGAAUGUUCAGGACGACCAGUUUAUCGGUUCUGUUUCAUUUUACACUGUGUUUGGGUCUCAUCCUAUCUGCCGUCACUCUGGGUGUCAACAUCUCCAUGUUUCAUUCUGGUGACUGCGGUCCGUUUAAAGGCAGCAAUACCAUAUUUAAUGUGACGAAUGUGUGUAUUAAGACACUGCCCGGUCCCGUUCAGAUCACCAUCAGAUACGUCUCAUCUGAAGCCUUCGCGUAUGCUCUGAUACUGGCUGAAGUUGUCAUACUGAUGUCAUCCAUGUCACGUGCACGAGCGAAUUGUAAAGCCAUCGAGAACCUGAAGGACAUGAUGGUGAUGUGCAGUUAUGAUAAGCAAUUCCUGGUGAAGAAAUACGCCGAGAUCAAGAGGCGACAAAAGAAAACACGCUAACAGUACGGCAUGAAAAGACUGUUCUCAGAUGAUGUGACAUGACAGGAUGUAAAGGAUGCAUGAAUGCUGAUCAUGCGUGUCAACAUUUGCGACUUUAAGUGUUAAAAAAACGUAGUGUAUUACUUCUGUUUUUUCUCUCUCACACUUAAACUUUCAAAGCCUUUGUCAGUAUUAUACACCAACUAUUUGAAUAAUUUUGUUAAGCUACAUUUGUCAUACUG